GCUGCCCAGGUAAGAAGAGGCCGCUCUUCCUAGCUUUGGGGCCCUUCCUCGGCGUAACGUGUGGCCUUUGAUCAACUCUCCUCUACCAGCAGAGGCUGCAUGAGGGGGGGGCGGGCUCCCGCAUUCCUGCUCGGCGGAGGGGCCGCUCUGUUCCUGUCGCUUCUUUGGAUGCCGGCCCUGCUGCCUGUAGUCUCUCGCCUUCUGUUGCUACCCCGAGCCCUGCUGUCCAUGGCUUCAGGAAGCCCCCCGUCCCAGCCCUCGCCGGCCUCGGGCUCCGCCUACGCUGCCGGCUCGGUCUCUGCAGCCUUUGUCACCUGCCCCAACGAGAAGGUCGCCAAGGAGAUCGCCAGGGCUGUGGUGGAGAAGCACCUGGCAGCCUGCGUCAACCUCAUUCCUCAGAUUACAUCCAUCUAUGAGUGGAAAGGAAAGAUUGAGGAGGACAGUGAAGUGCUGAUGAUGAUUAAAACCCAAAGUUCCUUGGUUCCAGCUUUGACAGAUUUUGUUCGUUCUGUGCACCCUUACGAAGUGGCCGAGGUGAUUGCAUUGCCUGUGGAACAGGGGAACUCCCCGUACCUGCAUUGGGUGCGCCAGGUUACAGGGUCAGUUCCCGAGUCCGGCACAGCCCCACCGUGAUGAGCCUUUGUUUUUGCCACGUUCCCUUCAUAUACUUCAAUGCCCCCUGCCUUCCAGGUGAUGACUGGACCCUUAAUAAAGCUUUAGUUCUGUCA